CUCAUCAACGUCACAGUGGAGGGAGGGUAAAAAUUUCUCUCUCCAUUCUUUUCUUGGACCUGGACCUGGAUCUGGACCUGCAAAUGUAAUUCAAACCUGCAACAGAAACGCAAACACUCCACUAUUUUCUUCGAAUCAGCAGAGCCCAAACUAAACUCGUCGACCUCUUUUUUCUAUCUUGGGCCAAGACUAGAGCCGACCAGAUAAAAAGGCGGCCCCCCCAUCUUUCUCUCCUCUUCGACAACUUGUCACGUUUCAUCACGACAAUUUCUAUAUUCUUAAGCCUGCUCCAACGCCUCCCCGUUGACACGAACCCGUUACAACUUUGAGCACUUUACAACUGCUCAAACUCCUCACCAAACUCGACCCGCCUUUGGUCUCUUAAAGGCACCGCCUUCACCACGGCUCCUCCGGCCGUGAGCUUCGUCAGUGACAAAGAUUUCAGCCUCUGCAAGCCCUCUCACAUCAUCAACGCGAUCCCCCCUCCCGCUGCUAUUGCUGCUCGACGAUAAGCUCCUCGAUCUCUCCGUCUUGCACGACCCUCGAUCCGACUACACUCCCCCGUCGUUCUUCGACACCCGUCAGCUGCCGCAUAGGAGGUUUACAGAGGUUCUUCCUCUAGCCGAGGAAGAGUCGAGGAGGCCUCGCCAGUCCACUGAGGGAUCAGUCUGCUACCGCUCACGACCGCCCUAACACCAGCUGAACACCCCCGUACGUUCAAGCUUCACUCUACUAUAUAUACUUUUCAAUAAAGUAUCGUCUUUCUCUAGUCCACGGACUUAAAUCCCUCUCUCAACUUCCCAACGAACCCCCGCAACUGUUUGGGAUAUGGUUAUGGCAACGGCUGUCCUCGACACCUACAAUCAUAAUGUCAAUCACCCUCAUAUCGCAUUAAAGAAACCCCUGCUUCAGGAAUCUCUUGAGCAAUAUGGCGUGAUUACUCCAAAGCAACUCAUCGGCCAGGCACUCCACCAGCGCGUGGAGGCCAUUGACCAUGAGAUGUGUGAGCCUGGCGACGAAGAUACUUUCUUCGUUGCUGACCUCGGAGAGGUCUACCGCCAGCAUCUUCGCUGGAAGAAGAAUCUCCCUCGGGUCCGGCCCUUCUAUGCCGUCAAGUGCAACCCCGAUCCUCAGAUCAUCAAGCUUCUUUCUGAGCUCGGAACCGGCUUCGAUUGUGCCUCCAAGACCGAGAUUGAGCAGGUCCUGUCCGCAGGACUUAGCCCCGACCGCAUCAUCUACGCCCAACCCUGCAAGACUAACUCGUAUGUCCGAUACGUCAAGUCUGUGGGCGUCAAACAGAUGACCUUUGACAAUGCCGAUGAGCUCUACAAGAUCGCAAAGCUCUACCCAGGAGCUGAGCUCUUCCUCCGCAUCAUGACCGACGACAGCGAGUCUCUUUGCCGCUUCAGUAUGAAGUUUGGCGCCGCCAUGGACACCACUGAGGGACUUCUUGCCCUGGCUAAGGACCUUGGUCUCAACGUUGUUGGCGUCAGCUUCCACGUUGGAUCUGGUGCUUCCGAUCCCCUCGCCUUCUACAAGGCCGUUCGCGACGCCCAUACCGUCUUCCAGCUGGCCCACGAGUUCGGCUUCAACAUGCGCACCCUCGAUGUUGGUGGUGGCUUCAGCGGCGAUACCUUCGAGACAAUGGCUGCCGUCCUCGGUGGCGCCCUCGACGAGUUCUUCCCGCCUCACAGCAACAUCGAGAUCAUUGCUGAGCCUGGCCGAUACUACGUUGCCACCGCCUUCACCAUCGCCUGCAACAUUAUCGCUCGCCGAACUGUUGAGGACCCCACUCUCGAUGGCAAGGGCUACAUGCUCUACGUCAACGACGGUGUUUACGGCAACUUCUCAAACAUCAUGUUUGACCACCAGCAGCCGAUCGCCAAGGUUCUCCGUGCCUCCGGCAAGACUCUCUUCGAGACCACCGCUGCCCAUCCCACUCCCGAGGGCGAGGGCUUCGAGUACUCCGUCUGGGGUCCUACCUGCGAUGGCAUCGAUCGCAUCACUGAGAGCACUCGCUUCGACUCCAUUCUCGAUGUUGGUGACUGGCUGUACUUUGAGGACAUGGGUGCCUACACAAAGUGCUCUGCCACUCAGUUCAACGGCUUCUCCAACGCCCACGACGUUAUCUACGUCUGCAGCGAGCCUGGUGCCAAGGCCCUUCUUGGUCUGUGAUCUCGAUCACUUCAUGCAUCUCAAUGGCUAGCGAAACCAUUUCUUUCGUGUUCUCUUUGGAGAAUCCUUUUGUUCGUAUGUUUUGAAUCUCAUCAUGGGCCGAUGAAAAUAGCAACACAAAAGUUGACAGUCAAUAUUUGAAAACGAGAAAAGAGCUAGAUAGACGGAUAUUAGAUUUUAAUUAAUUCCUGAACUGUCAACCUCAGACACCUCUGCAGCCCUCUCCCGAGACAUGUCGUACGAUAGCACCCGCAUUUAAUAGAACCCAGGAUGAUAUAGAUCUUCUCAGGGGCUUUUAUUCUUUGGCCAAGUUUACACAUAUUUGAUCCCUGAGACUUAAAAAAAAAACCGCCCUUAAUAUCUUUAGGCGAAGCAUCGUUGCCAUUGCCAACUCCAAACUCCAUGUAUACUUCCUGCAUGCCUCAUGGCCAAUGCCAAAUACUGUACAUGAUCGUAUCCCCAUGUUUCGUGUUUGCAUGAAAAUAAUCAAGUUUUCGUCAGGUCUUUGCUCCUUGCUCUGUGCCGUUGUCCCGGUUCGUCUAUGUACCACGGAAGAGAAAUUGCAUGUCCUGGGGGGUGAGUGAUUCCAUAGCCUUGGUGUCGGAGUUGACAGUGGAGUGAAUCAUGUUAGUCUUCUUCUCCUGAAUCAACACCAUUCGACUUUCCACAGAAUCCUCGAUACACAACCGCGUGAUAGUGCAGGGCCGACUUUGGCCAAUGCGAUGGCACCGGUCAGCGGACUGCCACUCAGCGGCUGGGUUCCACCAUCUAUGCAAUUGUCAGCAGCUACUCAGAUGACAAUGUUCGUUUCAGACACUUACGGAUCAACAAUGAAUACUCGAGAGGCUUCGGUAAGGUUCAGUGCCACACCGCCAGCCUUGAGAGAAACCAGGAAGCAUUCAACGUCCACGUUGUUCAUGAAAUGUUCAAUCGAUGCCUGUCGUUGAGCAGGUGUCAUGCUACCAUCGAGCAUGACGGUAGUGAUACCAGCCCGGCGGAGACGCCACUCGAUGAGCUGCAGCAUGGUAGUAAACUGAGAGAAAAUGAUCGACUUGUGUGAGGCGUUGUCAGAGCGAAGUUUGUGUAGCUCAUGAACAAGAAGUUCAAUUUUGGAAGAAGAGGUCCAGUUCUCCAUCUUGAUUCGAUUGAUGAUGGAAUUUUUCUUGACGAGAUUCUCAUCUUGCUCCAUCUCUGGCUGUUCUAGGUCGAUCUGGAGGGGGAUGUGACAACGGGGGCAAUCAGGUACAUCGGUAGAGCGGACGUAGCUACCAACACAAGCUCUGCAAAAGUCAUGCUUGCACUGACUACGAAUUGCGUCUUCGGCAGGCUCAUCGCAGAUACAACAAACGAGCACGUUUUGUCCUCCUUCAGCGUUCUUCUUUGUGAUAAGAUCAGGGUGAUCAGCAACUUGUCUCAUCUGCAUAAUGAGGCCAAAAAUGUUGGCAUAAUUGUUCAAGAGAACACCUUGGGCGACAUACGUAUCGAACUUGCGCUGGCCGUUCGUCAUGAUACUGUUUGCGAAGUCGUUUUCCU